AAGCAGCCCCGCCCCGCCCAGUGGGCCCCGCCCGCGGCGGCCAGACUUGCACUUCUCUAGCAGCAGUUCCACGUCGUGGCCAGACUUGCACUCCUCUAGCAGCAGUUCCACGUCGUGCCGAUGGCCCGCUACGAGGAGGUGAGUGUGUCCGGCUUCGAGGAGUUCAACCGGGCCGUGAAACAGCACAAUGGCAAGACCAUUUUCGCCUACUUUACAGGUUCUAAGGACGCUGGAGGGAAAAGCUGGUGCCCCGACUGCGUGCAGGCUGAACCAGUCGUACGAGAGGGGCUGAAGCACGUUAGUGAAGGAUGUGUGUUCAUCUACUGCCAAGUAGGAGACAAGCCUUAUUGGAAAGAUCCAAAUAAUGACUUCAGAAAAAACUUGAAAGUAACAGCAGUGCCUACACUACUUAAGUAUGGAACACCUCAAAAACUGGUAGAAUCUGAGUGUCUUCAGGCCAACCUCGUGGAAAUGUUGUUCUCUGAAGAUUAAGAUUAUAUGAUGGCAAUCAUGUCUUGAUUUCCUGAUUUUAGUAUCAAUAAACUGUAUACGUGCUUGGAAUUCAUAUUAGCAAUAAAUG